AGGAGGAAGAGCUCGAAGAAAGCAACAGAAAAGGCUGAAGAAGACAUGGCUGAACUGUCACUGUACCUCACAAACGUGAACGUGUCUUUAGGGCAAACUAUGGACACAGAGAAGACUUCAGCUGUGGUGAAAGAGUUUGAAAAUGUUGAACUUGGAGAUCUGGGCAAAAAACAGCCAAAGAUUCCUCGCAGAACAAUCUACUUCGCAAGCGGUGAAACAAUGGAGGAAUUCAGUACCGAUGAAGAGGAGGAGGAAGAAGAAGUGAAGAAAAAGAACAGUAUAAGUACAGUGGAUCCGUCCAAGUUGACCUGGGGUCCAUAUUUUUGGUUUCAAAUGUGGAGAGUGGCGACCUCGACCGUCUCGGUUUGCGACUAUCUUGGAGAGAAAAUGGCCUCAUUGCUGGGAAUCACAACACCAAAAUAUCAGUAUGCAAUUGAUGAAUACUACAGGAUGAAGAAGGAGGAGGAUGAAGAAGAAGAGGAGAACCGCCUCUCUGAAGAAGCAGAGCGACGUUUUGAUGAGCAGCACAAUCAGGAGAACCAACAACCAAAGACGGAGCAACCAGAAGCCACUGCGUCUUUUGUGAACGUGACCUUUGAGCUGGAGCAGGAAUCCCAUGCCAGCCCUGAUGCCGCGAAUAAAGUGCCUGCACCGAUUCCCUCCUAAAAUCCUGAGCGUGUUUCAUGCUUCCACCAUAUUUACUGUAGACUAAAGGCGUGCUAGAUUUCUUUUUUGUGGGACGAAUCUCAUGAAGUUGAACAUGAAGGUAACCUGUCGUAUAUACAUAGCUGACAAUGGCUCUGCUUUUGAACGCAGAUCUAUUUGAAUGAUCGUUUUAUGAAGCCAUACAUAAAAACCUCUCUUAGUCACUACAACAAUUCGCUGUACGUUUGAAUAAUUGUAAACACCUAAAAAGCCUGCUAACACUACAACAAAUGCAUGACUCUUGUCAAUCAAUCUAGAUAAAGAUGCUGUCAGAUUAGUCUUAAAGGGGACCUAUUAUGUAAAAAUCACUUUUGUAAGGGGUUUAAACACAGUGGUGUAGCAACAGUCUGUAAAUAUAUAUAUAACUUCGUAUGGACAAAAUUCAAUUUUUUUCUUAUCACACUUGAUAUAAACAGUCUUUAGAAACACUUUGAUUGACAUUCUCGCUUUGUACAUGUCCGAAGGGCAAAGCCCCUCCCAUUAGUGAUAAUCUCUCCCUCAUUAGCAUAAACAGCCUUGAGGGAGAAGCAGCCAUCCUUAGCUGUUUUAAAUCUGCCACUAAGCUAAAGCAUAAGCAUUUGUAGCUCCGCCCUCUUUUAAAAAGAGCACAAUCUCAUUUGAAUUUAAAGCAACAGUCACCAAAACAGCACAUUUUUGGGCACCCUUGCUCUAGGGACAUAUAGUAUAGAGACUUCUUUUACAUCUUGUGAAAAAUGAGCAUAAAAGGUCCCCUCAAAACAUUUCUGUUACUGAUGAUGUAGUGUUCAAUGAUCAGAAAGGAAAUAUUCUAGGCUUAUUUUUCUAACCAUAUAUUGUUGUUAUGUGAACGCAUUAUUUCAUUAUUUUUGCUGUGAAUGUGCUUUACUCAUUAGAUUUGAGUCUACCCCUGUUACACAAACGAAAACAUUUCAUUUUGGAGACUGUUUAAUUUAUUUGUGUACAAUAAUUUUGUAUUAUGUAGGUGAAAAUGCACCUACCUUUCUAUAAUGUAGGUGAAAGAAAAAUACAGGUUGUUUUUGUACAUAAUAUUACUUAAUAAACAAUUCAGCAUACAA